CACGCUGGCCCCGGGCCCCGCCCAGCAGUGCGCACGGGACCGCGCAUUGGGCGGUGGGCUUCUGGCGUUGGCUUAGCCACAAAGACCAGACCCGCAGCAACAGAUGCUGGAAGCUCCUUCGGGCUGUGCCCCUGCUAGGCGACAGCGCUUCUGGAGAAAGGGUCCCCGCCCGAGGGCAGCGCACUGGAGUCGGCGGGUGCGGGAGCCGCCAUGGCGCCCCUUCGAGCCCUGUGGUUGUCCUGGGCGUUGUUAAGAGUGGCCGCGGCGUGCCCGGAGCCCUGCGCCUGCGUGGACAAGUACGCUCACCAGUUCGCCGACUGCGCUUACAAGGAGCUGCGCGAGGUUCCCGAAGGGCUGCCGGCGAACGUGACCACGCUCAGCCUGUCCGCCAACAAGAUCACCGUGCUCCGGCGCGGGGCCUUUGCCAACGUCACGCAGGUCACGUCGCUGUGGCUGGCGCACAAUGAGGUGCGCACCGUGGAGCCUGGCUCACUGGCGGUGCUGAGCCAGCUCAAGAACCUCGACCUGAGCCACAACCUCAUCUCCAGCUUCCCGUGGAGCGACCUGCGCAACCUGAGCGCGCUGCAGCUGCUCAAGAUGAACCACAACAGCCUGGGCUCGCUGCCCCGCGACGCGCUCGGCGCGCUGCCCGACCUGCGCUCCCUGCGCAUCAACAACAACCGGCUGCGCACGCUGCAGCCCGGCACCUUCGACGCACUCAGCGCGCUGUCGCACCUGCAGCUCUACCACAACCCCUUCCACUGCGGCUGCGGCCUGGUGUGGCUGCAGGCCUGGGCCGCUAGCACCCGGGUCUCCUUGCCGGAGCCCGACUCCAUCGCAUGCGCCUCGCCCCCGGCGCUGCGCGGGGUGCCGGUGCACCGCCUGCCGGCCCUGCCCUGCGCGCCGCCCAGCGUGCUUCUGAGCGCGGAGCCGCCGCCCGAGGCGCCUGGCACCCCUCUGCGCGCCGGCCUGCCCUUCUGGGUGCACUGCGCUGCCGAAGGACACCCCGCGCCCCGCCUGCAGUGGCAACUGCAGAUCCCGGGGGGCACUGUGGUCUUGGAACCGCCGCUCCUGGGCGGGGAGGACCACGGAAACGCGGCAGAGAAUGGCGAGGGGGGAGGAGACAGGGACGAGCCCACUCCGACUGAGGCCCCGACCCCGCCUCCGCCCCCGGCUUGGCCCGCGCCCCCGGCCACCCCGCGCUUCUUGGCCCUCGCAAACGGCUCCCUCUUGGUGCCCGUGCUGAGUGCCAAGGAGGCGGGGGUGUACACCUGCCGUGCGCACAACGAGUUGGGCAUCAAUUCGACUUCCUUGCGGGUGGCGGUGGCCGCGGCCGGGCCCCCAAAGCACGCUCCUGGUGCUGGGGGAGAAGCGGAUGGGCAGACCCCGACCUCUGAGCGCAAGUCCGCAGCCAAGGGCCGGGGCAACAGCGUCCUGCCUUCCAAGCCCGAAAGCAAAGCCAAAGGCGGCGGCCCGGCGCGGGUCGCCGUCCUCGGGGAGGUGGAGCCGGCGGCGGCGGGGGAGGACGAGGAGGAGGUGGAGGCCGGCGAGGGAGAGGCGGAAGACCAGACUCCCCAAGAGCCGUCCGAGAAGCAGCACUGCGGCCACGGGGACCCCGCCCAGUAUGUGUCCAACCACGCGUUCAACCAGAGCGCGGAGCUCAAGCCGCACGCCUUUGAGCUGGGCGUCAUCGCAUUGGAUGUGGCGGAGCGCGAGGCGCGCGUGCAGCUGACGCCGCUGGCGGCGCGCUGGGGCUCGGGGCCCGGCGGGGCCGGCGGCGCGCGGCGGCCCCCGCGCCUGCUCUACCUGUGCCCGGCGGGCGGCGGCGCGGCCGUGCAGUGGUCGCGCGUGGAGGAGGGCGUCAACGCCUACUGGUUCCGCGGCCUGCGGCCCGGCACCAACUACUCCGUGUGCCUGGCGCUGGCGGGCGAGGCCUGCCACGUGCAAGUGGUGUUCGCCACCAAGAAAGAGCUGCCGUCGCUGCUGGUCAUCGUGGGGGUGAGCGUGUUCCUGCUGGUGCUGGCCACCGUGCCCCUGCUGGGCGCCGCCUGCUGUCAUCUGCUGGCCAAACACCCGGGCAAGCCCUACCGCCUGAUCCUGCGGCCGCAGGCCCCCGACCCCAUGGAGAAGCGCAUCGCCGCCGACUUCGACCCGCGCGCCUCCUACCUGGAGUCCGAGAAAAGCUACGCGCCGGGCGGCGAGGCUGGCGGCGAGGAGCCGGAGGCGGCGCCGGGCGAGGAGCCGGAGGAGGAGGAGGAGGAGGCGGAGCAAGGGGACCCCGGUGGGGGCCUGAGGCGGGAGGAAAGCCUGGCAGCCUGCUCGCUGGCGGAGUCGCAGUCCAAAGCCAACCAGGAGGAGUUCGAGGCGGGCUCUGAGUACAGCGAUCGGCUGCCGCUGGGCGCCGAGGCUGUCACCAUCACUCCGGAGAUCAAUGGCAACUACCGGCAGACGGCGGGCUGAGCCCCCUGCCCGCCCACCCCGACAGCGACCCCAGC